AGCUCUGGGUCCCAAUUAGUUGGUGGCGGCCACAGCAGCGGAGGCCCCCACCAGGCUUCUCAUUACCGCUGGCGGCUCCUAAUGAGCGUGGGGUGGAGUGACCCCGUGCCCCCAGCCCGGCCUGCGUCACUGCCAAGGCGAGGGUUGUGCGGUAUAUAAGGGGGGUGUGAGCAUCGCUGCCCGAGUCCACUGCACGGUGAUGGAGAACUGCCAGGUGUCCAGGAGCCCCCGAGAGCGGCUGCUGCUGCUUUUGCUGCUGCUACUGCUGGUGCCCUGGGGCACCGGCCCUGCUUCAGGUGUUGCCCUACCCCUCGCCGGUGUGUUCAGCCUCCGCGCCCCCGGCCGGGCCUGGGCGGACUUGGGUACUCCCCUGUCUCGACGCAGCCUGGCGCUAGCGGACGACGCAGCCUUUCGGGAGCGCGCGCGCCUGCUAGCCGCCCUGGAGCGCCGCCGCUGGCUAGACUCGUAUAUGCAGAAGCUGUUGCUCCUGGACGCGCCCUGAGCCCAAUAAAGAGCCUACCCCACAACGACCGCGCCUUCUUGCUGAGCCGCCCUCGCGUGGGUGUGU